AUGCUGCUUGCAGCAGCAGCAUGGCCUCGUAGUGAGCAGCAGCAGCAGCAGCAGCAGCAGAAGUCUCGUCGUCAAGGCCGUAAAGGCAGCAAGAAGCAGCAGCAGGUAGUUAUGGGGGGUAGUGGAGAAUGCCGGUUGCUGCAGCAGCAGCUCCAUCAGCAGCUGCAGCAGCAGCUGCAGCUGCAGCAGCAGCUGCAGCAGCAAAGGAGACUCAGGGGAUGCACAGCCAGCACCACAAGCACAGGCAGCAAGAAGCAGCAGCAGGUAGUUAUGGGGGGUAGUGGAGAAUGCCGGUUGCUGCAGCAGCAGCUGCAUCAGCAGCUGCAGCAGCAGCUGCAGCUGCAGCAGCAGCUGCAGCAGCAGCGAAGACUCAGGGGAUGCACAGCCAGCACCACAAGCACGAUGACGAACGGCGGCAGCAUCAGCAACAUGAGCAAGUGCGGCAGCAACAUCUGCAGCAGGAGCAGCAGCAGCAACGGAUGGAGCAGCUGCUGCAACAGCAACCACAGCAUCUGUUCUGCUGUGUCUUUGUCUGCUUCUCGUCUGCUGCGGUAUGCUGAUUUCUUGGGGGAGGCUGCGGUAUGCUGA